AUGCUACCCACCGGAAGAUGCGUCCUGGCACAAGGCAGGCUCAUAGGAGGGAGGAUUUCCCGCGCCUACACGAGAAGCCGUCUGCUUUCAACACUCGCUGUUCUUGAGCAGAAAGAUGGACAGCUGAGCCACGGAUCUUUGAGCGCAUUUACCGCUGCGAAGAAGCUUGGAGGUACCGUACAUGGAUUUAUUGCUGGGAAGAAUAUCAGCGCGGCUGCUCAAGAAGCCGCAAAGAUUGAAGGUGUUGAGAAGAUUUUAGUGGUGGACAGCGCCGCUUACGAUAAGGGCCUUCCUGAGAACUACGCGCCUUUACUGGUAGAGAACAUUAAGAAGGGUGGUUAUACACAUGUUAUCGCUGGACACACAGCGUUUGGAAAGAGCAUUUUGCCUCGUGUUGCCGCUCUGUUGGAUUCUCAGCAAGUCUCCGACAUUACUGCUAUCGAAAACGAAUCAACGUUCGUUAGACCUAUUUACGCCGGCAAUGCAAUUGCCACCGUCGAAUCAACAGAUGCCGUCAAAGUCAUCACCAUUCGAGGAACUGCCUUCGCUGCUGAGGCCCCAGGGUCUGGGACUGGCGCUGUGGAAGAAGGAGCAGACCCCAAGGUCGACUCUACGUCAGAAUGGGUGUCGGAAGACCUUGCCAAAUCUGACCGCCCCGAUCUUGCAACCGCUAGCCGGGUUGUGUCUGGGGGACGGGGUCUAAAGUCCAAGGAGGAAUUCGACCGUGUGAUGCUGCCGUUGGCUGAUGCCCUUGGUGCUGCUGUGGGUGCUUCUCGUGCGGCGGUUGAUAGUGGGUAUGCCGACAACAGUCUCCAAGUCGGCCAGACUGGCAAGGUUGUUGCCCCCCAGCUCUAUCUUGCCGUUGGUAUCUCUGGCGCUAUCCAGCAUCUUGCUGGUAUGAAGGAUAGCAAGGUCAUUGCGGCGAUUAACAAGGACGCUGAUGCGCCAAUUUUCCAGGUGGCUGACGUCGGACUCGUGGGUGAUUUAUUUGAAAAGGUGCCCGAGCUUACAGAGAAGGUCAAGAGCUCAUAG